CUGUCGUUAACGGGUGUGGCUGGGGUGAUAUUUGGCUCUAGGGCCAAUUCAGAGUAAGCAGGGUAGGCGUUCGGAAGAAGACAGUUAGAAGCUAGGCGAAUCUCUUCGACAGCAGCUUAAACAGUCCUCAGUUAUACCUAAUAGGGUAAUACCCACAGGCCUAGAGGAUCGGGCCCUUUAAGACGGAGAGCUGGUCCAGUACCUCCUGAACAGGGAUAACUCGGGAUCUAACAUCAUGCAUUGGGACACCAUUCUUUGGGUUCCUGGGAGAGGACUCACUUCUCACUCACUUGAAAAAAGUUCAGCCAAGAUCACAAAUAAACAACCUCACGCAGACGUCAGAAAUCACGUGACACCUUCCCCGCUCCCUCGGCUGGGCGGGUCCACUGUAAAAGAAAAGGAAGAAGCAUUCAGUCUGGUCAUCACCUUCAUCAUCUCUGCUUCUAAAUAUGUGACCUAACCUGACAACGAUCGAGAGAUUAUCACUGUAGAUCACCGUAGGCGGUCCGCUGUCAACAGAAACUACAGAGAAGAAAGAAUAAGUCAGUCAUGGUCGCUUUAACAUGGCCGCCAUUCGUGGCUUUGUUCGCAUGUUCAUGGAUCGUUGUUCUGUGUCAAGGGACACAGGAGCUGAAGGUGAAGCCUGGAGAGGACGCCACUCUUCAGUGUCGGGGUCACAGAGGUGCUGACAUAGACCUGCUAAAGUGGAUCAGACCUGACCUGAAGUCAGAUGAUUAUGUCUUCUUCUUCAGAGACGGAAGCUCAAAUGAAAACAACCAGCAUGAAUCUUAUCGUAGUCGAGUGAAACUGAGAGAUCCAGAGAUGAAGGACGGAGACGCUUCUGUGAUUCUGAAGAACGUCAACAUCAACGACGCUGGAACAUAUGAGUGUCAGAUUAGAGAGAAAAAUGAGACAGGCAAAGCUGAACUCGUCACCAUCAUCAACAUGACAGUCUCAGGUCACAAGGCUGGACACAAGGAGGAAGGAGACAAGGAGGGAGGAGGCAAGGAGGAAGGAGACAAGGAGGGAAAUGUUGGACUGAAAGUUGGUCUGCCAGUUUGUGUGAUUCUUCUUCUUCUUCUUGGUGUUGGUGGUUUUGUGAUCUUUAAAAAAUAUAACAGACCCACAGGGAAUCAACAACCUGGUAUAAACAGACAUGAACUGUAGAACCUGCAGCCAGAUUAAGAGACCAGAGGCAGCAGAUGAGAAUUAGUGAGGAUCCAGACUGAAGUCACUCUGGUUACUGUGGGGAGCACUGAUUGGUCGUUACUCUCUGGCUGCUGAUUGGUGGACUGAAUGUGCUGCUGGACAGAAGAAACACAUUCCUCCUGUAAAAUAAACCUGAGCUGUUGACACACGUCUGAUUUCACCUGGAGGCAGGUUAAUGCCAGAUGGGCUGACUGACCAGCAGCUCUGUGGGACAAACAAUAUGACCUGAUGCUGGAACAGCCAGCUGAUUGUUAAUUACAGGAAGUGGUACUGUUAUGACCCUGGGGUCAUAUUUUGUUGUUCGUUUAUCUCUCCUGGCACUGUCAGCUGUUCUCCUCCAUUAAAGUGUGUGUGUGAGUGUAUGCAGGUACUGGAGAACAGAUGGACACACUG